CUUCUCUUCCAGUUCAGCCUCAUCGACCAACAUGAAAGACCACAAAUGAUACAAACUUCUAGCCAGAUACAGAGCAGAGCUAGGAAACACUCUGAACAACUCAACAGCAAACUACAGACCAGAAAAAGCAAAAAAAGCCUCACCUGGUCAUUCACAGAAGAGCCCUCGCCGCUGUCAUCAACUGUAAUAGGGGCCACUAGCCCUAGGCUCAUGGCGACGAUUGUCCCAAAGACUGCAAUGGGCCCAUGCAGUGCUUAUCGAAAUGGGGCGAAAGCGGAGCUGUAAGUACAAUUUCUUUUAGAGUACAUGUCGUGACUUUCUGUCUGUACUCUGCUGUG